GGGCCUCUUGGAUUGGAUGGAAAGCCAGGACCUCCAGGAGCAAAAGGAGAUAAGGGUGAACAAGGAGACGUUGGCCCAAGGGGAGAGACAGGAACUUCUGGGCCAAAAGGAGACAAUGGCGUUCAGGGGCUGCCAGGGUCAAAGGGAGAACCAGGAAGCAUUGGCGAAAUGGGAGAAAAAGGCAUAGAUGGGCUACCAGGGCUGAAGGGUGAGCCUGGUGAGAAGGGAGCAGAUGGAUAUAUCGGGCCAAGGGGACCUCCAGGCCAUAAAGGAGAACAGGGUGAUACAGUAGUAAUUGACUACGAUGGUAGGAUCUUGGAAGCUCUCAAGGGGCCACCGGGGCCUCAAGGGGAACCAGGGCCUCAAGGCGCUCCAGGACCAAAGGGGGAGCUUGGCUUGCCUGGUCCACCUGGAAUUGAUGGAGAGAGGGGAUUGAAAGGGUCAAAAGGAGAUCAAGGAAGCGCUGGACUAGAAGGCCCGAAGGGAGAGAUUGGCGAAGUGGGCAUGAUUGGUUUACCUGGCCCCAAAGGAUUGAAAGGAGAGCAAGGAAACCCUGGAGUAAUGGGACAGAAAGGAGAGAGAGGAGAAAUGGGCUUAUCUGGUCCAUCGGGAAUUGAUGGCCCCAAAGGAGAACCUGGGACACCCUGCGAGCAAAACCUUGGUCCUCAAGGAAUACAAGGACAUAAGGGCCCUCAAGGAAGUCAAGGACAAAAGGGCUCAGAUGGUACAAAGGGUGCAAAAGGUGAAAGUGGCCACAAAGGUGAAAAAGGACCCCCUGGGCCACAUGGUCCUCCUGGCACUCCUGGACUUAUUGGUUUACCAGGUACCAAAGGAGAGAAGGGAAAGCCAGGGGAACCAGGAUUAGAUGGUUUCCCUGGCCUCCGAGGAGAAAAAGGAGAAAAAAGUGAAAGAGGAGAAAAGGGAGAAAGAGGAUUGCCGGGCAGAAAAGGAGCAAAGGGACAAAAAGGAGAACCAGGCCCUCCUGGAUUAGAUCAGCCUUGCCCAGUGGGUCCAGAUGGAUUACCGGUACCAGGAUGUUGGCACAAGUGAUUCUACACGCAUGGACUAUGUAAAUAAUAGUGAGAUAAAUGUUUAUUUUUAUUAUUUUUUUUAUACAAAGAGGAAAAAGUCACAAAAACAAUGUUUUCAACAGUAAUAUAUUGAUCUUUUUAAUACUGGAUUUGUCAUAUAUGGAUUUUUAAAAAUAUGAACAUUCCUGAGAGCCACAAGACAGACCACACACACAUACACACAUGCAGAAACACAGAAGGAGUCAACAUUCUAAAACAGUCAGGAAUGGAUGUCACUUGCUGCUAAUGCUAAUGUGUGGAUUAACCAUACUGAAAUACUUGUUUUAUUGCAUGGAGAAAGAACAUCCCUGGACAACCUUUUUAGCUUUCAACUUUCUAACUCUGUUGCACAUAGACACAGGCAGAAAAGGGAGAGAAAACGAAAAAGAAAAAAAAGAUUCAGCCCUAGAAAUUGAACAAACCUUGUGGAUGAACGUAGGAAGAAUUUCCAAUCUGGAAAGGUAACACAACUAUAACCACACUUGUUGCUACUUGCUUCAACCUUGAAGAAACUAGUUUCAUUGUGGGUCACUCUGAUCCGUUUCAUGAGCCGUGGCUGCUUCUCCUCCAGAAGAAAGCAUCAUCUCUGGGAAAAACCCCACUCCACAUCUUCAGUCUGUGACUAAAGUUUGAAAGAUUCCUCUGUGGAACUUUAUUUUAGUGCAGAAAUUCAAAAACAUGGAACAUCUCAACUGUCACAUCUUUUUUUAUUUUAAUGAAAUGAAGGAUACUCUAUAAUAUUCAUCUCAAUGUACAGAUUUGAAAAAUAAUAAUUUUUGCUUUAAAAACCAAAAUCCCAUCAUGAUUGCUCUCUUUUGCAAACUUGGACAAGAUACUCAUUAUGCUGCUUAUUCUUCUGGAAUCACAGAACUCAAUAAAUACAAAAAAUAGUAUUCCUACCAAUCCACAAGUGUUUCAUCACACCCAUUUAAUAUGAAUGUUUCUAUUGUAAUAUAUAAGAUUAUAAGAGCAACGUGAAAUAACCUAUUGUUAAAGCAUUUGUAAUUAACCUGGUGAUAGAAAUGGCUCUUUUUAGAAAAAAAAAAGCUGAACUCCACAUUUUAUGUAAAUUAUAUUGCCCCAAAAGCCAAAUAUCUCUAUAUACAACAUUGUAUUAUUUCAGUCCUGAGACUGCAUCUAUGUAAUUAUGCACAUGGAUGAUGACAUUGUUCAAUAUGAGAUCCAUUCUCAUAUAAUUCAGUUACUCAUUCAAAAAAAAAUUCAUCUUGUUCACAAUGGUCUGGAGAUUCUUCUUAUAACAAGCAGAGAUUUCUAGUUUCCCACAGUCUAAUAUCAUUGGAAGAAAGUAGUGUUCUUGCUUAGGAGAACAUCUACAUGGUCAGUGUUCUCUCUAUAAGACAAAGCAUUAGCCAGCACUGUUCUUUGACUGGCAGCCUGCAAAACGGUCAUCUUACUUGCACAAAGGGAGCAGGGAUUUUUGGCAUUUGACCUUUCUGUAUCCUCAAGACCCAGAGGGCACCUUAAGCUUUUGGAGAAAUAGCAAGUGUUGCCUCUUCCUUUCACCAGAAUUAGCCCAUUAAACCAGAAUUUCAAAUAAAAUAUUGAAUAGUUAUAUCAGUAGUCUUUCACAGACAGUAACUCUCCCUUUCAUAAAAAAACUUCUGGGAUCCAACCAAAUAAUGUAACCUGGCAUAGGUUUCAAAUUACAAGUUUUGAUUAUUCAAUAUUUUAUUCAUAGUAUAAAUGCUGAAGAGCCAACAAUCUUAAAAGAUCCUUGUUUUCCAAGGUCACUUUAACACAAAGUUUCAUAAACUCCAAAAUGAAUUUGAGGAAUAAUUACAUAUUUUUUGCCUAGAAAGAUUAGAAUAUUGUUUGAAAUCCUCAAGCACCAGCAAAAAUCAGUUUAAUUACAAUGCUACAAUUAGCAUUCACAUUAUAGAAAUGAAGAGGCAUCAUAAUGUAUGGUUUUAACCAUACUUAGAAAGCAUAUACUUCCCUUUUCAUUUUAUCUUAGUACUAAUUGGUUUUAUACUAAUUCUCAGCUUUAGCCCUCAUUCCCAAAAAUAAAUUUAAGGAUGUUCAAAAAUACUGGUUGGCAUUACUGAUUCAAAUUUAUUUCAGUAAAUAAGAUUCUUUGAAUCUUUGGCAGGAAUGUCUGUUCUUUCUGUUGUAAAUGUUUUUAAAGUACUCUAGACAAACUUCAAUCAAUACUUUAAACUACUGUACAAGUCUUCACGGGAGAAGAUGCAUAAGUUUUUUAAAAUUUGAGAUUAAAAUUAACAUUGCUUCACUGUGUUAAUUCAUUUGGUUGUCAAAGUUUAUGUUUUUGAGGCCUUCAGUUUUAGUUUUGUAUAGCAUUAAACAUCAGUUUAAUUAAAUGAAGAUAUAACUGAAUUAAGAAAGAGAAGUUAAAUAUUAUGACUUCCUAGUCUUUCUCUUCCUCUCUUACCAUGUGGCAAGAUAUUUCAUUCAUUCUUAUUUUAAUACUGUAUAUCUGCUAUCCUUCUUAACAAAAAUAGAGCACAUAAUAAUCGAGGGAAAGUACACAGAAGGUAUGAGGGAAUUAACUUCAGGCCCAUGUUUUCAGCAUAGAACUAGGGAAUUGUCAAGAUGGGGAUAUCAUUCAUUAAUUGUAAUUUUCCAACUCUCAGAAAAAUAUGUCGUUAAAAACUCAAUGCCUCUUUGAUAUUUUCCCAGUUAAAAGAAAUCUUUUUUUAUACCAAUGUCAGGAUUUGGAAAAAAAUGUAUUUAUUUUAAAUAAUCUUAAAUAGUACUGGUUGAGAGGUCCUGAGGCUUAUUCUAGCUAAGAACUCCAACUAGGAUGAGCAGGAAGAAACUGGCAGUUGCAGACUAAUUUGACGGAAAACAAAGCCACCUCUCACAUGUCCUUGAACAUGAACCCUACUUAUUGCUAUUAGAAAGUUCUGGUACAAAAAAACUUUGACAGAUGGCCCUCCCUCAACAUUUAUGGUAUGAAAGUCCAUAGUGUCCUAUAUCUUCCAGAAUAUUUUCUCACAGAUUCAUAUCUUGCACCUGUUACAUAGAAAUUGUAGUAAUAUGUUAAUAAUUUAACAAAAUGUAUCACAGUAUCAGUUUUAAAUUUCAUCCUAAGCAAAAGAUGUAUGAAAGAAAAUAUGUGGAUAUUUUUUUUUUGCUGGAUAAUUCUGAAAUUAGUUUAAUUUCAUUGUAGCUAGUGAGAUUCUUUGCAUAUUCUUUUCAAAAUAUUUAUUCGUGUCACAUUUUGUGGUAUGGAUAAUUGUGGGGAAACUAUUCUAAAGUGCUGAAAAUAAUAAAAUGUUAGCAGGCAUUUUUCUCCUAGAAUACUCUCACUUCAGUUAGAGAUUAGUUUUUGGUUUAGCAUUUAGUAUUUUUUUAAGGAAAUUGCAUCAGAAUAAAGAUACAAAAAACAAAGUAAAGAAGACUACCAAUAAAGCACAAGCAAAAAUGUUAUGGAAAAAAUGAUUCUUUGGAUAUUCUUUUAAAAAUAUUUAUCAGGAUGAGUGUCUGGCUUGGGGAAUCAAAAUGAUUAAAAUAAUGAAUACACAAGAGACAUAUAAAAAGGGAUUUUGAUUGGUUCAUUGUGACUAUCAUCUUGACAUUUUUUAGCUCCUUCCUGAGUACACACUUAUUUAGCAGUACUAUAUGUUUUAUUGCAGAUAAUUAUGGAAAUGAAAUGAUCUUUAGUCUUGAAAAUAAUAAGAUGAAUAGAAAUCCUAUCUAUUCUAUGUAAGGAUAGUUAAGUUGGCAAAUCACCACUAGAUGUUGGCAGAAUUGAAGAUGAUGAACAAGUAGCAUUAUCUUGGAGAAUAAGAAAUGUUAACUAACACCCAGACAAAAUAAAUUUAUCUUGUUUGUAAUCUUUGAACGUAUCAGCUUAAUCCAGCUAUCCUUUAUAUAAUAUACACAUUAUAGUGUAGUAACUCUAAUCUAAAAAUGAUAUUGAAUUAGUCACUCAAAAGUCUUCCAUUUUAAUGUCCUGUGGAGUUAUUAAUAUUGUAAUAGAAUAAUUAUAUACUUAUUCAUUAUUAUCUUCUGGUAGUACAGAACACACUCAGUAACUGACAUUUAUUGACUAAAUUAAUUUGGAAUGGUAUGCAGCUAUAUAAAUAAAAACUUACCCACAUAUAACUCUUGAUCUUUCUUUACUACACAAGUGAGUUGUAAAACAUAUACAGAUGGAAGUCCUUGACUUGCAACCAGUCAAAGUUAUGAUGGAUCUGAAAACGGGACUUACAACCCAGGUUUGAAGGUCCAAUGUCCCUCCCCCAUGCUGCAUGCUGGACGCUUAGCAGCUGGCUUAUAUUUCAAGCUAUGUUGUUAUAUGACUGUAAUGUAUUAUGUUUUUGCCAGAAAUUGGUAUUUAUUUCUAAUUUUCAACAAAAACACCUUAAAGUGAACAAUAUAAUUAACAACCGUCACAAAAAAAUUAUAAAAUUUGGUCAAGUUAUGUGGUGAUCUGCUUUAUGACCUUUACGACCAAAAUUGUGGGCUCUGUUACUAAGUCAAGCUUGACUGUACUGUAGCUCUGAAUGAAUUAAGUAUAUUAUCUAUUCAUAACUAGUGCAAAUGAAUCCCCAAUGAAGCCUUAUUAUUGAAGAAAUAGAAUUGGUGAAGCAUAAUAUAUAUCAUUGAGAUUCUACACUGAAGAGUCUACAGACUUGAUAGCAUUUAAUUUGGGUUCUAUCAUGUCUAUUUUCUCAAUACAGUAUUAAGCCAUGAUUAGCUUUAACCCAAAAUGAUGUGUUAAAAAUCUUUUGAACCAAUUCUAAAUUUGAUCUAAACUUCAACUACAGUACUUAUUAAUAAAUGUAGGACUAACAUGGAGAGGGAAUGUUUCACAAUCAAUUUAUUCAUGAUGUUUUGCAAGCCUUUUGCAUUUAUUCCACACGUACAUUGUUGCAAUUACAAAAAUAAUUGUUCUGCCUUUUGUCCCUUUUAUAGUUCAGCUGAAGUUAGAUUUAAAUCCCACUUAUUUGCCCUUUAGAUUUCUAAGGAAACCUCAAUAUAAAAUGAUAGCUUAGCCCGGCAGGUGUGAGAAUUUACUGGUGUUAUUAACUCAUCAGCACUAUGCAGUGCCUAAAACCAGAGGCUGUUGGACUAUAACUUCUGUCUACAGCAUCCAUAACUAGCUAAAACUAAUAGGAAUCAGGUCUUGUCCUGGCAUGCAGAUCCAACGAGAGUUACUUGAAUCACCUGAGGAUCUGGUGACUCUCUUGAAAAUAAGAAGGGUGAAUGGAUGGAUAGAUGGAUAGCAUCUGUUACUUGUUACUGAAUCAUGCUCUUCCAGAUGCCAUUGUCUAUUCCUCUCUGUUGGCUGACCCAGAUGUUCAGGUAAUAACAGUCAGAGGACUGGCUUCUAGUACAGAUUUGAGAAUGUGUUGGCUAUAUCUAACUCAUUACCAGCAAUGCAUGCAAGGGAAGUUACCUCUGUCCUCCUCCACCACAUUCUCCAAAUAUAAUCUGGAGUGUCUCUUUCCUUCACUUCCCAAAUCUCUCAAGUAGAUUUGAGAAUUGCAGGAAGAUAAAUUCGGUCAUGGCUGGUGGAUACAAUAUCUAAACUGUGUCAGGGUAAGAUGCAUUAAUUCAAACUUCCUUCAUUUCAGCUUAACCUGAAUAGGUAUAAUAUAAACGUGGUAUCUAUUUGUUUAAACUGACCAUCUACAUUUUAUUGUCGUGCAUAAUCUCAAGACAUUAAAUAAAUUAGACACAGAUACAAGGCAAACAUAACUGUGAAUGUAGUUCAUGUUUAUAUUGGAAACCCUCUUCUGAGAUUCAAUAAAAUGUAAAGCUUUGUUUCAAAACAAAGAGGGUAAUAUUUUAUACAACAGUCAAAUCUCACUGUUACUGAUUUCCUUAUAUAAUUUAUAAUGUGUACAUGCCAAAAGAAGCAGUAUAUUUAGCUGUAAUAUAGGGGAACAAUAAAUGAAGGCAUUAAUACAGUAAUACUCGUUAAUAAUUAAUUGUACUGCUUGUUUUGUAAAUUUUACAACAAUCACUGCAUUAUCUGGCAGUGUAGCCAUUGUUUUGUGUUUUAAUCUGUAGUAAGAGUUGAUACUUGAACAGUUUUAAAAUAAACUGCUUCUUGAACUGAUUGUUUUCUAUGAUUAUUCUAUACUGCAGCAUUUGUAACUAUGAUUAUAUCUCAAGCAAAUAUUUCAAGUAAAAAUAAGUGUUACACUAAUUUUUUCAAUCCAAAAUGAGUAUUAUAUUAACCAGGCCUGUAUUUCUGAAAGUUACUUGAAGAUUAUUUCAUUUACAAACAUUAGAUAAUAAUCUUAUAUAGUAAUAAUUAAGGUUAUCCAGCCAAACAGCACCAACGAUUCUCCAAGGAGAACGAUAGGGACAGGAGGCUUGGAUUAUCUUUGAGGUUUGCAUUUAAACAAAAACUCUUUCAGUACAGCAGAGCACAAUUUAAGGCGCAUAUUAUCCAAUGCUAUACAGAUUGUUAGAGGGGAGGGAAUAAGAAAGAUGGGGCAAGUGGGGGAGGGGGAGUACCUAAAGCAGGGACAGCACAUUCAUUGCUUACAGAUAACAACAGCAUUUAGAUUUAAAUACUGCUUCACAGCACUCUACAUGGUUUACAGAGUCAGUAUAUUGCCCCCCAACAAACUGGGUCCUCAUUUUACUGACCUCAAAAGAAUGGAAUGCUGAGUCAUCAGGAUUGAAGUAAUCGAACUCUUGCCAAUGUGAGCCAGAAUCCUACACUAGGAUUCUUUUUUUUAAGAGUUUUUUUUUAUUAAAC